AUGUCGAGACCAUUGGAGGGUAAAGUCGCCAUCGUAACUGGAGCUUCUCGAGGCCUCGGAGCGGCGCUUGCCCAACAUCUAGCUGCAAAGGGCGCAAAUGUAGUGAUCAACUAUACCUCGGACAACUCCACUGCUGCUGCAAAGACGGUCGCAGAAGAAAUCCAAUCGAAACAUGGCGUCAAAACUGUUCUGGCCCAGUGCGAUAUAACUAAGCAACACGGCCCUAGCCGGUUAAUCGAGAUAGCAAAAUCGCAGUUUGCCAACGACGGCGAAUUUCAGAUCGACAUCCUCAUCAACAACGCCGGAGUGGUCAAUCCGGCUCCAAUGGGAUCGGUGACCUACGACGAGUUUGAAAACACGUUCCAAUUGAACGCACGCGCACCGUUGUUUGUUAUUCAGGCGGCCAUGCCUUAUCUCCCGAACGACAGGUCAGGGCGGAUCGUGAAUGUAUCCAGUAUAACCACCAGUAUGGGAUUCUGGUGGCAGAGUUGUUAUGCCGGUACAAAAGGAGCUCUUGAAGCUAUGACACGAGUGUGGGCUCGCGAGCUUGCCGAACAAGCUACAGUCAAUUCUAUCAAUCCUGGAGCCAUGAUGACAGGGAUGUACACAGGGCUCCCACAAGAGAUGCUUGAGAAAGUCUGGUCAUUGAACUACAUGGCACCGCUGGCCAAACCUCGUGUAGGGAUAGAUUCGCCAGAAACUGUCGAAGCAGCGAAAGGGCUUGGAGGAAGGCCGGCGUAUCUUGAGGAGGUCUCAGGCAUCGUAGGUUUGCUCUGCAUGCCCGAGUCCGGGUGGAUAACAGGACAAGUAAUAGGGGCAAAUGGAGGAGGAGUGAUGACGAAGGGUUAA